AUGAAGAAAAGACUGUGCAGCCAAGAGAGUGAUUCUCCUUUUCUGAGGUGUUCUGAGAUUGGACAGCCCAGCAGAGUUGAUAGCAUGAAUCCUGUCCUUUCCAUCUCUCUGCCCCUAAUCUUUGCCUUCACUCUGGGGCAAAGUCUGGCUCUUUGUAUCCCUGUUGACUAUGUCAUCCAUGUGGAGAAGAGAGAAUGUGGCUACUGCUUAGCUAUCAACACCACCAUCUGUGAAGGAUUCUGCAUGACCUGGGACAGUAAUGUUAAGAAGCUAUUGCCCCGGAGGCCGAGUGCCCUAUUCCAGGAUGUGUGUACAUACAAGGAAGUGGUGUACAGGACCGUGAUGAUACCUGGCUGUCAACACCAUGCUGUCUCUUAUUAUUCCUAUCCUGUGGCAGUGAGUUGCAAAUGUGGGAAAUGCAACACUGAUUACAGUGACUGUGUGCAGGAGGCAAGUGGCGCUGGUUAUUGUGCAAUGUUCUAGAAGCUACAUAACUCUUGAGGUCUUGGUUCUCUGUAUCUUUCACGCACAGCAAUAGCUAAAGAGCAGCAACAGCUAAAAUAAACAAGUGGGUAGCAUGAAUUUGAUCUGUCCAUUUAUUCAAAGACAGAACAGUAAAAUAUAAUAGACUGCUCAUUUUUGUGACUUUCAUUUCUCUGAGGUUUCACAGGCAAAAAAAGAGUCAAGAAUAAAAACACCCCCCCCCUUUUUUUUCUUUUUACUAAAGUCAGAGCAAAAACUCCAUGGAAUGAAGUCUUAAGUUCUGCUUUCUGACUGGUAAAACUAGAGUUAAACUUCCUACUAUCUCUAUCUUCAGUGACAAAGAACUUAACAUUUAAACAAAAUUUUGAAACAAAGUACACUAACAUCCUUAAAUUAAAAAAAAGUCCUCCAUUUGAAAUGUAAUCCUUAGCAUGCUACAGAAAGCUUCAGUGCAAUCCUCAGAAGAACAAAAUACAUAUACGUGGAUUGUUGUUGCAAAAGUUUGAACAUUUUUAUUGUAGUAAAGUAUGUGCGAGGCAUAUAAUGUCCUGAAAUCAAUAUAGAAAGAAUGAUACCUCCACACUCUUGUGCUUUCUCAGACAAGCUCAGUGAUAAUGUACAAAUAUAAUGAUGAUCUAUAUACAGCUAUAUAAAGUCUGUUAAGAAAAAUGCUUAGCAGUUUAUUGUACAAUAAACAAUAUAAAUGGUCAGGAAAUAUUUUCAGCUUCCAGUUAAGUUACACUAGGUUCUUUUUUAUAGUAGUUUUAUUAAAUAUUAAAAUUAAAAAGAUAAACACUAAUACAAACUAAAAAAAUGAAUAGAAAAAUAGAAAAAAAGAUAAAGAAAUAACUUCUUCAACACAAAUAUAAACAUUUUUGUAACUUAUUACUUUCUCUUAAAAUGAAAUAAGUGAUCUCUUCUUCCAGUAUCUCAUCUCUUUAUCUAUAAACAAAUUCUUAAAACUUCAUCUUUCCAUCCUGAUCAACAAGUCCAUUAAGGGUUACCCAAUAGCUGAAAAGCAAAUAACAAGAAAUUUCCAAAAGUAAUUAAAAAACAAAUUAUGCAAGCCCUGUGUUCUUAGAAGAGUCAAAUGAAGUCAAAUGGUGUUCCCUUGUCUCUCUGACCUGAAAACUCUCCUGAUAAUGUUCUUGCUGUCUCCUCACAAGGAACAACUGUCUGGAGCACUUGUGGAUGAUCUCAAGUCUUCCUUGUCAAAAGGAAUUGUGAAGAGAUGGUCCGCUCACUGGUCUUUCAUUCCACAGCAAUCAUUGGCUUUGCUCUUAGUGGAGCUGCCUUUGGUUCACCAUUUCUUCCCUGAAGUCUUAAAUUAUACUUGAUUCUAAAUGGCACAUUUUCCAUUUUUAUUAAUGGCUUAUAACUUUUUAAAUAAUUUAAGGAAUUAGUCUACUUUGCUAUUUUUAUAUUUGGAUUAAAUUAUUUUGUAUUAAGUUACCACAGGUACUGAAUUCUUUACUGUAAGUAAAGUUAAAAACACAAUCUAUAAAAAUUCAUACACCCUUGUUCCCGAUUAAGUGAGUGAAACACUAGGAGACAUACAGCUGGAAAGACAGCAAAUGGGUUAGAUUAAUAGCAUCUAUAGAACCCCAAGAAAAACUAAAUGCCUAAUUCACUUUGCAACAUUUUAGCAAAGAUUUGGUCUACAGAUAGUUCUUUCUUUUCUUGUUAUAUUCAUAUAUACAAAACAUUUCCCUAGAUACUCCUUCAGACUUUCACUUAUCCAAAGUAAUUAUUCUCAUUCCACUCUUAGAAUUCUUGUUUCCUAAACUCAGACAUGUCCCUGUUUUAGAUGGUGUUUUAUGACUAGUGUCUUUAUAGUGACUUUGUCUUUUUCAUGCUUAAUAACAGAAAAAAAAAACAGUUGUCAAUAGACUGAGCUGCUAUUGUUUCUUUAUAGUUGGUUCUUGUGAUUAUAUUUCAGGAGAUUCAAUGAAUGAAAGUCUAUGGGGACAGUUUUCCAUUCUGGCAUAGAUUUAUAAGAAUUUCUCCAAACCCAAUGAAAUAAACCACUUGA